AUGAACGGACAGUUGAAUGGUUUUCAUAACGCCCUCAUUGAUGAGGACUGUUUCUUGUUCACCUCAGAGUCUGUCGGGGAAGGACAUCCCGACAAGAUCUGUGAUCAGAUCAGUGAUGCAGUUCUUGAUGCUCAUCUCAAGCAGGACCCUGAUGCCAAAGUUGCAUGUGAGACUGUUGCCAAAACUGGGAUGAUCCUAUUGGCCGGUGAGGUGACAUCACGUGCCAACGUGGACUACCAGAAAGUUGUUCGUGACACAAUCCGCCAAAUUGGAUAUGACGACUCCUCCAAAGGUUUUGACUACAAGACCUGCAAUGUUCUUGUGGCCUUGGAGCAGCAGUCUCCUGACAUCGCUCAGGGUGUUCACAUUGACCGCAAUGAGGAGGACAUUGGAGCAGGGGACCAGGGCUUGAUGUUUGGAUAUGCCACGGAUGAGACUGAGGAGUGUAUGCCUCUCACAAUUGUCCUUGCCCACAAACUGAAUUCUAAGAUGGCCGAGCUGCGUCGCAAUGGCACCCUUCCAUGGCUCCGGCCAGACUCAAAGACACAGGUUACCGUCCAGUACCGCCAGGACCAUGGCGCCAUGCUUCCAGUGCGUGUGCACACCGUUGUGGUCUCUGUUCAGCAUGAUGAAGAUAUUUGCCUAGAGGAGAUGCGAGACACCCUGAAGGAAAAGGUGGUCAAAGCUGUGGUUCCAUGCAUCUAUUUGGAUGAUGACACAAUCUACCAUCUGCAGCCCAGCGGACGAUUUGUUAUUGGAGGCCCGCAGGGGGAUGCCGGCCUGACGGGGCGUAAAAUCAUUGUUGACACUUAUGGAGGCUGGGGAGCCCAUGGCGGUGGGGCCUUCUCUGGGAAGGAUUACACCAAGGUGGACCGCUCGGCUGCUUAUGCCGCACGCUGGGUGGCCAAGUCUCUGGUGAAGGCUGAGCUCUGCAGGAGAGUGUUGGUCCAGGUUGCCUAUGCCAUUGGAGUUGCCCAUCCCCUUUCCAUUUCUAUCUUCCACUACGGGACCUCCAAAAAGAGUGAGAGGGAGCUGCUUGAUAUUGUGAAGAGGAACUUUGACCUUCGUCCUGGAGUUAUUGUCAGGGAGCUGGAUCUGAAGAAGCCCUUGUAUCAGAGGACCGCAGCCUAUGGCCACUUUGGCCGAGACUCCUUCCCAUGGGAGGUGCCCAAAAAGCUCAAAUACUAAACAUGUUAAGCUUUUCCCCCCAGGCCUGUUGGUGUAUACUACAGAGAAGCCUCCUAGGUUCCGGGGGUGAAAUGCCCUUGUCUCUCAUAGUAAUGGCAUCUUUAACUCAUGAAUCCUUCCUCACUCCUACUCCCUCCUUUUGUCUUCUUACUGUUUCAUACUUUGUCAUAGGAGGCAUGCCUCAGAAACUUGAUGUUUAAACAAUUGCAUGAGUUCCAUGAACUCAUGCACCAUCGUACUCAAUGUUUUCCAUGUCCUGCGGUUCCCCUGCUUUUUGUAGUAAACGCUGAGUAGCUGUGCUCAGUUGUUCUCCUUUUGGCAUUCCACACUCAAAAAGCGUCUGUCUUCUAUUUAGUGUCAGCGAUCUUAGACUGUAUGCAAUGCAUCUUAGGCUUUAAGCGACACCACCACUGAAUUCAAUGGUGCUUCUAAUGUAAGGUGUCUGUGCGAUAUUUACAUUGUUUAGGUCAAUGUAAAGGCCUAAUUUGAUAGUUGGAGGUCCUUCUCAUCUGGCACCAUCUAAAUAAGUUUAGCGUCUCUCUAAACAUUCCUCCUUUUUGUUUAGUCCUGUACAAUUAUUCCCCCGACCCAGUGUUCUCUUCCUCUUUUGUUUUUAUUCCCCUGUCUAUGUGGAGUAUGCUAGAAUGGCACAAUUAAAAUGUUAAGGGUUGUUGCUGUUUUCACAAAAAAUGCUAUGCAUUGCAGGCUAAUAGGUGAGCCAAUCCUAAAUAAUCAAGCUCUCGACUGAGCAUAAAGCCUCAGAUGCCCCUCCAGACCUUUGCUGAUUUCUGACGUAAUACAGAAAAGUCGGAAGCUGCUAUGUCACUGCUCUGGUCUGCAGAGGUAUUUGUUAUACUUGAUAGUAAUAGCAAAGAUUGGAUUGAUUAUGCAUUGAAAUUCAAUUUUAAAUGAGUCCUUUUUUUAAAAUGUAGUUUCACUUGAAUUGUUAUGGUUUGAAGUGACGAAAGGUCCUCUUGCUCCUCGAGUAUAUUGAUGGCAGGUGUAGCUACAGAGAAACCUGGUCCCAUCUUUGUUCUUCAAGGAGUGUGUUCUUUGCCACAGAGUCUUAUUGGCUUAAAGUCAACCCUUAACACUAUUUAUUUGUUCUCUGAAACUCGGCGUGGAUACAGAGAAGCCGAUGUUUCAGAAGGCAGCUUUAAACGCAUAUGGCUAUUGAAUCUUGAAUUCCUUUUGACUUGACCAUUUUUCAGUGUUUUUGCUUGAUGCUCCAGAGUGUUGUACAGAAAAGCUCUGGUCCGCCUCAAGAUGAAAGUGCCACUGGCUGUUGUCAAUGACUAUCUUUUUUAUUUUUGGACUGUAGAUUAUAUUUUUAAGUGAAUUGGUUUUGAAAUCCCAUUUAAAAUGUCUGGUGCAAUCCUUUAGCUUUUACCUAUCCGCAAGGAAUGGCAACAUUUGGUUGGUGUAGUACAGAGAAACCAGCCUUGUUUACAGUCGUCCCAUGUGAAGGAUAGGUUCAAGUUUAGGUUGUCCCCUUUUUACCACUCAGAAGCCAUCCCGUUGGCUACAGUAAGUGUAAGAGUGCCUUUUCUAUUUCCUCUACUCCUCUUCUUUGCUUUUUCUCUCCUACCAACAUGCGCUCAACUUCCAGAGGAACAAGUAGCUCAUACUGUAUUGUGCUUCAUGUCUAGACUGAGUAGUUUCCUUAUGCUCUGUAAUAAACUACUCCUUUCAAACA